GCGAGAGUGGGAAGCCGCCAUUUUCUGAAUAAAGUUGCGAGGAGCGGCCGAAAGGGGAAAAGCAGAAAUGUUUGUUUUAACCCGGUGGCUUGGGUCGGGCUGGUAAAACAGCCCGCGCGUUUUAAACCCCCUCCAAGCAUUAUUCGCGCGUGGAAACCUUUCCUUGUUUUUAAAUCGCUGCCAUAGGCCCUGCGUGCGGCGGAGUGUGGACACGUUGUUUGCAGCCUCGGCGGCAGCUGUUUGUUUUGAGGCCUUUUCCUUUGGAUGUUCGGAUUCUGACAGCCGGCUUUCCCCCGCAGCAGGGGGGCAAGAAGAAACAGACACGGCUCGUUUAGAAACGAGCAGGACACCCAUUCCCGUCCCCUCUGCUCGUUUCCCAGCACCUGCCCCUCACGUCACUGGCGAGAUACCCCUGGCCUCUCUUUACCCCUCCCCCCCCUUCCCCCCCCAUCCCCUUCCAAAAGGAUCGAUCACCAUGAUGAUAGAAAACCUUGAUGCACUCAAGACUUGGCUCACCAAGACUCUCGAUCCCAUAUGUGAUGCCGAUCCAUCCGCACUUGCUAAAUAUGUUGUUGCAUUGGUAAAGAAGGAUAAAACUGAAAAGGAGUUGAAGGCAUUGUGUGUUGACCAAUUAGAUGUCUUUCUUCAGAAAGACACGCAUACUUUUGUAGAAAAACUUUUUGAAGCUAUAACUGCAAAGAGUUACCUACCUCAGUUUGAGCAGUUGUCAUCUGUGAAUAUAAAAUCUGAGCCUGCACAACGGCAGGAAAGGGAGGAUAAAAAAGAAGAGGGAAGUAAAGACGAUGAUGAUCGAGACAAAAAGUUUACAAGGCGUUUGAAUCACAGCCCAUUACAAUCAGGAUCGCGAUACAGAGACAACCGAAACCGUGAUGACAGAAAAAGUGAUCGUCCUCGUAAAAGGGAGUACGACCGCUAUCCUCCAAGGAGAGAUUCAUACAGGGACAGAUACAACAGAAGAAGAGGAAGAAGCCGAAGCUACAGUAGGAGUCGGAGUCGCAGUUGGAGUAAGGAAAGAAUCAGGGACAGAAGCAGGAGCAGGACUAGAAGCAGAGAGCGGGAUUCAGGAAAGUCAAAGUAUGAUCUCGACAGGACAGAAUCAGCAGAAAGUGGCUACACUCCUAAUAGUGUGCCUAGUAUAACAUCUGGACUUUUUCCUGUUCCUACUCUAAGUAGCGCAAUCACAGUUAUAGCGCCAGCUCACCAUGGCAACACCACAACAGAAAGUUGGUCAGAGUUUCACGAGGACCAGAUAGAUCACAACUCGUAUGGGAGAGGGCCAAUUCCAAAGAAGCGUUGUAGAGACUAUGACGAAAAGGGAUUCUGUAUGAGAGGUGACAUGUGCCCCUUUGACCACGGAAGUGAUCCAGUCGUGGUAGAGGAUGUAAAUCUUCCAGGCAUGUUACCAUUUCCUGCACAACCUCAUGCAGUUGAGGGACCAAAUCCUCCUGCCCUUCCACCACCACCACCACCACCACCCAUUCUGACUCCUCCUCCUCCUGUUAAUCUCAGACCUCCUGUACCCCCUCCAGGACCGUUACCACCAAAUUUACCUCCUGUUGCAGUGGGUCCUCCUCCACCAUUACCCCCCUUACAGCCACCAGGAAUGGAUGCACCCCCAAGUUCAAUUACUAGUUCAGUGCCUCCUGUUGUUACAUCAGUGAUUCAUCACCAGCCGCCUGCAGCACAACCUUCCCCAUAUGCAGCAGAAACCUAUGAAACUGAUGGAUAUAAUCCUGAGGCACCAAGUAUAACCAGUACUUCAAGACCAGUUUACAGACAUAGGGUGCACAGCCAAAGACCUAACUUAAUUGGACUUACAUCGGGUGAUAUGGAUUUACCACCACGAGCUGUAAAUAUAACUCUAAAAACAGAAAAACCUGCUACUAAUAACAACAUGAGAAUAGUGGUGGAUUCUGAGUCCAGAAAACGUACAAUAGGUGCUGGUGCUGAAGAUGUGCCUAACAAGAAAUCCUGGUUUGACAAGCCAAAUUUCAACAAAACAAAUAACCAAGGGUUUCAAAAGAAACCACAGUACGGAAUUGAAAAUACUAAACUGGAGCUUCGGAAGGUUCCACAGGAGUUAAAUAACAUCAGCAAGCUCAAUGAACACUUCAGCAAAUUUGGAACAAUCGUCAAUCUGCAGGUUGCUUAUCAAGGUGAUUCAGAGGGUGCCCUUAUCCAAUUUGCCUUGCAUGAAGAAGCAAAGAGAGCAAUCUCGAGUACAGAGGCAGUGCUUAAUAAUCGAUUCAUCAAGGUAUACUGGCAUCGAGAAAACAAUUUUCAGCAAAAGACAACUGCAAAUCAAAAGGUGAUUUGUGGGCUACAACAGCCAGUUAAGCAACCCCCUUUUGCAGUUGUGAAGCAGUCGGUGAAGGACAGAUUGGGUCCUCUUCCAGAAGGAAAUAUGGAACAUACACGAACUCAGGUUAUGCCCAUAGCCAGCAUUCAGAAUGCACAAAAGUUGUCCGUUAAAGAUCGAUUGGGCUUUGCAACUAAACGCACGGGACAAGCUCCUACUGAAAAGGUAUUAUCAACUACAACAGGUCUCACAAAAACAGUCUACAAUCCCGCUGCCCUAAAAGCAGUACAAAAAUUGGGUACUGUUUCAUCAGAUUCUGCCGAGGCACCAAAAAAGAAACAGGAUACACUUCGACUUCAACAGGAUGUAAGAAAAAAGAAACAUGAGAUUUUGGCAAAACACAUCGACACCCAGAAGAUUUUGAUAUCAAAGCUGGAAAAAAACAAAAAAAUGAAAUUGGAAGAUAAAGCAGAGAUAAUGAAAACACUGCAGACCUUGACCAAGACCAUCACUAAACUACAAGAAGAACUGAAAUCAGGUGGAACAAUCUCAUCUCUUCCUAAAAUAGUGAAAACCAAAGCUCAGAUGCAAAGAGAACUGCUGGAUACUGAAUUGGAUUUGUAUAAGAAAGUACAAGCUGGAGAAGAUAUCACCGAACUUCGAAAAAAAUAUAAUGUACUUCAACUGGAGGCUGCCAAACGGGGGGUCCUUUCUUCGGUUCGUGGGAGAGGACACCACUCCAGAGGCCGAGGUGGGCACAGAGGUAGAGGCAGAGGUCGCCGAGGCCGGAAUCUACCUUUCCAUUCAGUAGUCGACCACCGUCCAAAAUCAUUGAAUAUCUCUGGAUUUUUAGAAGGGGACCAAGAUGAAGUCUUGCCACAUUUUGCAUUUUUAAAGAAGACUCUUUCUCUUUCAAGCAAUUUGGUGAAAUCGAGGAUUGUCAAAUUGAGGAUGGUUCUUGUCAUGCAAUCAUUACGUACAAGACGAGGGCAGAAGCAGAGGCUGCUGCUUUACAUGGAAUUCGUUUUAAGGGGCAGGACCUUCAACUUGCUUGGUACAAACCUGGACCCACCACCACUGUUGCUGAGCCUGAAGAUGUGGAGGCAGAUGAAGAGGAGUUUCAGGAAGAAUCUUUGAUUGAUGAUUCGUUACUGCAAGACGACGAUGAUGAAGAUGAUGAUAAUGAAUCACGUUCUUGGAGAAGAUGAUCAGAGAGUUUACUUGAAGAACGCAAUGCUGUCUACAUUCUAAAUCAUAAUGUGAUUUGUUUUUUUUCUAAAAACUAAUGUACUAAAGAUUGUAGUGAAUUACCUGUAUUAGUCUAGAAGCACAGUUUGGGAUAGAGGGUUCAACCCUGCAAUGACUUGCUACUGUACCUGAAAGAUUGAAAUGAAAUUACGGCUUUAUUUGCAACAGGAGACAUGUAUGUAAUUCAUUUUUUAAAUUCAUUUUGUGAAACUUGGUAUGCAAAAUGUUAAUUGAACUUCAACCUGAUAGACAUACCGAGACUUUACAUGUAAUUUACCUAUUUUGGUCAUAUGAUCUGACCAAACGAAGACCAUUUCAAUGUAACUAUUAUAAAUGGUUCCAUGUUGUUAUGGAAUGAGAGAUUGAUAUUGAAUCUCUAUGGAUGUUUUGAAAAUUGCAGAUAUUCUAAGUUUUGUGAUAAAGCAGAGAACUUGGCAAGUACUGAAAAGUGCUCUUGUUUGUUAAAAGUUAUGAAUACCUUUUGUUUUGCAUAGUUUGCUUUAGGCUUUACUAUGUAUUAGCCUUUUUUUUUUUCUGUUGGAUUUGUGUAUGUAUUUUACUUGGUUGAUUUUAAACAUUCAUUGUACAACAAAUCGGUCCAAAGUCUUUUUGACUUUUGAGACCUGUUUAACAAAUAAAGCAAUGGAAUGGUCUAAUAUAUAUAUUAAAAAAAACAAAAAAGAAAACAGUAUGUAAUAUAAAAGAGAAUUAGUUACAUGUAAAAACAAAAAAAAAUGAAGACCAUUCCAAACACCCACCAAAAAGAAAUCACAAAAGAGCUUUAACCAAUUCUACCUUUUCAUUACAACUCAAAAUUUUUAAGAUUCCUUUGCAGCAAAGGUUUAAAGUAAGUGCGAUUUUACUGCAUAAUACAUGUUACUUUCAGUUUAAACUUUUAUCUGUUACAAUCUCCCUAUUCAUAUGUUGUCACGAUCAUUGCUCAUUUUGAACCUGCCUGAGCUGGAGAGCAUUAACCAUGUGUGCACCUGUAUUAAUGGAUUUUCAACUGUUGAUUUUCUCAUCAAUCGGACAAUAGAUGAGACUUGGUUAUGCGUUAUAUUAACUUUUUGUACCUAGAAAAUUAGCAUGUAACUGCUGGCUUUAUGCCUAAAGGCAUAGCAUGUGAACUUAAAUAAGCUAUAUGGAGUCAUUUAUUAGCCUGCUCAAUCUGCUUUUCUAGCAUAACCAUUCCAACUUGAAGAAAUUCCAUAGCUCUUUUGGAUCCACGAUGUAUGGUAUUUGUUAUUCAGUCAGUGCUCUUUUUUUGUAUUUAUAUUUUUAUUAUAAACUACUAAAAUAGUUCCUUAAAUAAAAAAUUAGGCCUUUAGAAACAACAUCAGGAAAACGAUUGAGCCAUAUGGAUGUAAAAUGACCCACUAGCUAUUUACAAAAAGAUUUUAUUUAAUGAUUUCAUGAAAAAUACAAAGG